GCGGUGUUUACUGGUUUUGUCCCCGAGCUAAUCAAAGUAUUGCCGCCAGCGAAGAGCUGCUGGAGUUGAUGAGGCAGUACUGGCACACGGACGAGGUGUCACGCCAGCAUGGCAACUCAGCUGAGCGCGACAUGUGGAAGGCGAGUAAGUCUCCUACAGCUCACCGCCACCCUCGGCGGCAGCUCACCGAGCCGGGCGGGGGCGACGCGGUGUACGCCAAGUUUCUCAACUGGGCGUCUUACAAGAGCUUUAAGGAGCGACAGAGCGACGACUUCACUGACCCUGGCCGCACGCUCUUCCUCUCGACGCGGUACAAGUGCCUGGUCCUCCCUGCCAUGGAGCAAUGCGCGUGCAAGAUCCACUCGUUGCAAGUGCUUUACAUCGAGGCCCUGGCCAAUGUCGACAUGACCAGCCACGGGGAAUGCCGGUGUCGAUGGUGCAACGCAGAGGGCGGCAGCAGUGGCGGGAAACGUGGAAAUGGUGUGUGGAAGAUGUUCGAGGACGUCAUCACUGUGCCUGCAUCAGCAGAUGGGAAGAUCAAGGCCAAGAAACUCGCCAACCAGACCGUGCCGAAGGAGCGUAAGCUUUGCGAUCUUUGGUCAGCGUUCAAAGAGCACACCAAUCUGUACAUGGCUCACAACUCUAUCGCCAAGUGGCAAAGGCACUGCCACGGCGUUGCUUGGAAACGUUUCAGGACGACAACGCUUAUGGUGGCCAUCGUCCACUUCAACCCGCAGACGCACGUGGGGGGUGGCAGGGUGCACGUGACGGAGACAUGGAUCUUUGCAUCUGAACACAUGGCGCAUGACUGCGAUUUCCACCUGCACGGCUUGGCCAGGAUGGCGGACUACUACCUGCGUGGAGAUGGGAGCGAAGCAACAGCUGCCGCCCGGAAAGAAGGCCGGACGCCCCGGAUUCACAUGUUCACGGCUGGAUGCGGGAAGCAGUACAAGGGAAGGCGGAAUUUCCGCUUCUUGGCCGACAGCGUGCGGCAAAUUGGCUUCUUCAUGGACCACCACUUCGCGGCCACAUCUCACUUCAAAGGUUGCCAUGAUGGGAUCGGCGGAGUCGCAAAGAACGCCAUGAAGAGGAGGGAGAGAUUUGGCAAGCGAAUCAUGGGGGCGGACGGGGUGGUCAGCUUUUUGCGAAGCUUCUUUCGGGAGGAGGCAGGCAGCGAGGGGGAGGAGAAUAUGCGGAGGUACUUUGCGAAGUGGUCUCCGUACCGCAUGCGGAGGGUGCACGUCGAGUUUAUCGGCAAGAAGGUGACAUAUCGGCCAAACUCGGUCCUGGCAGGCAUGUAGAGGGUAUAAGAGACAUGUACCACUUCGCGGGAGCAAACACUCCCAAGUGGGAUGGGUUCACCACGACCGAGGGACUCGAAAAUGAUUGCAAGCUGGUACGAAAGCGCGAGGGGCGGGGUAGCUUAUCGAGUCAAGAGAAGAGCAAGUUGGUGGAAGUCAAGGUGUUGGGUGCAGUAGCGAGCAGAUGGAAGGGCAAGGGGGCUGGGCCACAGGAUCCGGCGUCGGAGGAGGAAGACGUGACUUGCAGAAAGGUGAAACGGACGUACAGGCUCAGGACUCGGUCGGCGUCGUGCUUUUGCUCGGCGUGCCAGCGUUGCGAGUAUGAGCAGUGCUACGUCAGCAAGACGUACCCACGUCUCGUUCCCGCAUUGCAGGAGGGCGAAGUGAAAGAAACGGUGAUCAUGGACACUGGAGUAACGCCCGUAGACGAAGAUAACUCCCGGGGGAUCAAGUUCGGGAGUAGGAAGAAGGAAUGCAACAUGAAGAGUGUUACUGGGACACAAUGGCAGGAAUGCGAAUCUGCUGCUGCGUCAAAGAUUUGGGAAGAGCUUGGUAGGAAGGAAGAGUCCAAUAUUUUUGCAGGUUUCGGGAGGUGGGCUGGAUUU